AUCUCACAAAGGUGCUAGCUACCCACGAUGAGGAAGCAGCUCGACCCGCGCAUCCCCGCGCUCAUCAACAAUGGCGUCCGGUCCAACCACCGCUCGUUCUUCGUGCUCGUCGGCGACCGCGGCCGUGACCAGGUGGUGAACUUGCACUUCCUCCUGUCCCAGGCCCGCGUGUCGUCGCGCCCCAACGUCCUUUGGUGCUACAAGAAGGAGCUGGGCUUCACUACCCACCGUAAGAAGCGCGAGGCCAAGAUCAAGCGCGAUAUCAAGCGCGGUAUCCGCGAGGCCAACGACCAGGACCCCUUCGAGCUCUUCAUCACUGUCACUGACAUCCGCUAUGCCUACUACAAGGACUCGGCCAAGAUCCUCGGUCAGACCUUUGGCAUGCUCGUGCUCCAGGACUACGAGGCCAUCACACCGAACCUGUUGGCGAGGACCAUCGAGACGGUCGAGGGUGGUGGUAUUGUCGUCCUCCUCCUCAAGACCAUGUCGAGCUUGAAGCAGCUGUACUCGAUGGCCAUGGAUGUCCACAACCGUUUCCGCACCGACGCGCACCAGUUCGUGCAGCCCCGUUUCAACGAGCGUUUCAUCCUCUCGCUCGGAUCAAACCCCGACUGUCUCGUCCUCGAUGACGAACUCAACGUCCUUCCCCUCAGCAAGGGCAAGGACAUUGCCCUUAUCAAGGACUCCGACGACGACCGUGGCCGCAAGCGCAAGGCCGAGGAGCUCAAGGACAUGAAGGAGAGCAUGGACGGUGUCGACAUUGUCGGACCUCUUGCCAAGCUGUCCAAGACUGUUGACCAGGCCAAGGCCCUCCUCACCUUUGUCGACGCCAUCUCCGAGAAGACGCUCUCCUCGACCGUCACCCUGACCGCUGGACGUGGUCGCGGAAAGUCGGCCGCUCUCGGCCUCGCCAUCAGCGCAGCUGUUGCCCACGAUUACUCCAACAUCUUCGUCACCUCGCCUGACCCCGAGAACCUCAAGACCCUGUUCGAGUUCAUCUUCAAGGGCCUCGAUGCCCUCGGUUACGAGGAGCACGUCGACUACGACAUUGUGCAGAGCACAAACCCCGAGUUCAAGAAGGCGAUCGUCCGCGUGAACAUCUUCCGUGGCCACCGUCAGACGAUCCAGUACAUUGCCCCCGAGGACGCUCACGUUCUGGGCCAGGCCGAGCUUGUCAUCAUUGACGAGGCGGCCGCCAUCCCCCUUCCCCUGGUCCGCAAGCUCAUCGGCCCCUACCUCGUCUUUAUGGCGUCCACGAUCAACGGUUACGAGGGUACUGGCCGUUCGCUCUCCAUCAAGCUCAUUCAGCAGCUGCGAGAGCAGACACGGCCGUCGGUCUCCAAGGCGGAGACCUCGGCUGGCCCCAGCGGUUCGUCGAAGCAGGGAGCUGCAGGCAAGGCCGGUGCCGGUUUGGUGCGAUCCCUUCGUGAGAUCAAGCUUGAGGAGCCUAUCCGUUACGCCCCCGGUGACGAGGUCGAGAAGUGGCUCAACCACCUCCUCUGCCUGGACGCCACGGUCGUCUCCAAGGUCACCCAGGGCUGCCCCCACCCAUCGACCUGCGAGCUGUACUACGUCAACCGCGACACGCUGUUCUCGUACCACCCAGCCUCGGAGGUGUUCCUCCAGCGCAUGAUGGGUCUCUACGUUGCCAGCCACUACAAGAACUCGCCCAACGACCUGCAGAUGCUCUCCGAUGCUCCUGCUCACCACCUCUUCGUCCUCCUUCCUCCCUUGAAAGAGGACGACAGCACCCUCCCCGACCCUCUCGUCGUCCUCCAGGUCGCCUUGGAAGGCAACAUCUCGCGCGAGGCGAUCCUCAAGGAGCUCAGCCACUCAGGUACCAAGAGUGCCGGCGACAUGAUCCCUUGGGUCAUCUCGCAGCAGUUCCAGGACAACGACUUUGCAAUGCUCUCCGGUGCCCGUGUCGUUCGCAUCGCCACUCACCCCGACUACGCCAGGAUGGGUUACGGUGCUCGUGCCCUCGAGGCCCUCAACUCGUUCUACAGCGGCGAGCUCACCAACCUCGACGAGGUCACCGAGGAGGCGACCUUCACCGACAAUGCCAAGGCAUCGUCUGGCGGUUCGCUCGCCACGGAGACUAUUGGUGUCCGUGACGUCGCGCGCAUGCCUCCACUUCUCCAGCGCCUCUCGGAGCGCAAGCCUGAGAACCUCGACUACCUUGGUGUUUCGUUCGGUCUUACUCCCGAGCUCCUCCGCUUCUGGAAGAAGGCCGGCUACGUCCCUCUCUACGCAAGCCAGAAGGAGAACGAGCUCACGGGCGAGCACACGUUCGUCAUGCUCCGCUCCCUGCUCAGCAACGUCGCCCAGUCCGAGGGCUGGCUGAGCGCCUUUGCCCAGGACUUCCGCCACCGCUUCAUGAACCUGCUUUCGUACGACUGCUUCAAGAAGUUCCGCUCCGAGACGGCCCUCAGCGUCAUCGACGCGGCCAGCCGCAAGGCCGAGGAGACGAAGACUGUGACUGGCGACGAGCUGAGCGCCCUCAUCUCGCCCUUUGACAUGAAGCGUCUCGACUCGUACGCCGACAGCAUGGUCGACUACCACGUCAUCCUCGACCUGGUGCCCACGCUGGCAGCGCUCUACUUCUCCCGCCGUCUCGGCCCCGAGUUCAGCAUCAGUGCGGCGCAGCAGGCCAUCAUGCUCGCUCUCGGCCUGCAGCGCAAGUCGCUCGAGACGCUCGAGACCGAGCUCGGCGCCCCGGCCCACCAGGUGCUCGCGCUCUUUGGCAAGCUGGUUCGCCGUGCCACCCGGCACCUGGAGGACAUCCAGAAGGCGGCCGUUGGCGCCGACCUGCCGACCGAGGCGCCGACCUCUGGCCCCACGUUCGCGCCCGCUGCCACGACGGUGGAGGAGGACGUCGCCGAGGCCGCGAGUGAGGAGAAGCAGCGCGCCCGCGCGGCCCAGCGCGAGCUCCUGAGCACCCUCGACAUGGCCGAGUUUGCGAUUGACCAGGGCGCCGACUUCUCCCAGGCCGAGAAGCAGGUCGAGGCCAUCGCGUCCGCCGCGCCAGAGAUGCGCUCUAGGCUCUCCACGACUGUCAGCGUCAAGGACGCCGCUGUGGCUCCUGCUGCUGCUCCCGCAAAGAAGGAGAAGCGCAAGGAGAACGGCGAGGGACGGCCGUCCAAGAAGCCCAGGCACUCAAAGGGAAAGAACUAGGCUGCAUUUCAUCCCAUACAACUUCUCACAUCUAUAGCUCAUUGUCUCUCCACCUGUAUGCAUCAUGCAAAGUUUCGUG